GGUGGUUCCCCCACAUAACUCCCGACAAUAACGCCAUUGUUGUAUAUCCGUGUCGGAGGUAUAUCUCUGGGACGCGAUUGAACCGGAGAUAACUCACGGUCUACGACAAUAUUAGGGAUCCAGAUCACCCUGGGACCCCAGGUUACAAAAAUCCUCGGAAUAAGAACUCUAUGCCGCUCAUCGGCAAUCCCCACCAUCUCCUUUCCACUUAAGAUCGGGCCGCCGAUCUUUUUUAAACCCCUCCAUGAGCAUUAGACUCAAAUCGUUUCCGUCCAACUUUCCAUAUUCCCUUCUAGUAUCUUCUCCUCCCUUACACCAUGGCGAACGAAAAGGCGGUGACCCCGCUCAUCAUUAACAAUGAGUCCAUCGAGACCGAUAUCAAGUUCGAGGUCCACGCUCCUGCGACCGGCGAGCUGAACGGCUACUGUGCUGGUGUCUCCGUCGAGGAGGCCAAGCGCGCAGUUGACAACGCCCAGGCUGCCUUCUCCGCAUGGAAGAAGACCAAGUACAAUGAGCGCCGCGAUAUCCUGCUCAAGGCCGCUGACAUCAUGGAGUCGCGUAAAGAGGAAUUCAUCCAGUACCAGCGCGAAGAGACCGGUGCCGGCCGCCCCUUCACUGAGGUCACCUUCGGUCUAGGUGUGGAGUUCAUCCGGGACUUUGCUGGCCGAAUCUCCUCCAUCCAGGGUACUGUGCCUAACGUCAACCGCGAUGGCGAGGGUGCUAUCGUGUACAAGGAGCCAUACGGUGUGAUCCUGUCAAUUGCGCCUUGGAAUGCGCCUUUCAUCCUUGGUGUCCGUGCCGUUGCGCAGCCUCUCGGUGCUGGUAACACGGUUGUUCUCAAGGGUUCCGAGCUCUCGCCCAAGUGCUUCUGGGCUAUUGGCGACGUCUUCCGGCAAGCUGGUCUUCCUGCUGGAUGUCUGAAUGUCAUCUUCCAUCAGGCCUCUGACGCAGCGGCUGUCACCAACGCCUUGAUCGGACACCCUGCCGUCCGCAAGGUCAACUUCACCGGUAGCACCAAUGUCGGCUCGAUCAUUGCUUCCACUGCUGGCAAGUACAUCAAGCCUGUGCUGCUGGAGCUGGGUGGCAAGGCGUCGGCUGUCGUCUUGGACGACGCGGACCUGGACAAGGCCGCCAUGAACUGCGCUAUUGGCUCCUUUAUGCAUUCCGGACAAAUCUGCAUGUCGACCGAGCGCAUUGUCGUGCAGCGCUCGAUCGCCGAGGAGUUCCGCCAGAAGCUUGCUGCAACAGCUGAGAAGCUGUUCGGCAAGGACGCGCCCGCCCUGGUGCUGGUCAACUCCGCCGCUGCGGUCAAGAACAAGAAGCUCGUGGGCGACGCGGUGUCCCGCGGUGCGACCCUGCUGUUCGGUGACGCCAACGCCAACGAGUCUGUCAACACGGCUAUGCGCCCGAUCAUUGUCAAUGACGUGACCAAGGAGAUGGACAUGUACGCGACCGAGUCGUUCGGACCGACCGUGUCGCUCAUGGUGGUGGACACAGAAGAGGACGCGAUCGCACUGGCUAAUGACACAGAAUACGGCCUCACCGCUGCGGUGUACACCCAGAACCUAUUCCGCGGAUUGCGGGUGGCGAAGGAGAUUGACUCAGGUGCCGUUCACAUCAACUCAAUGACUGUGCACGACGAAUCUAUCCUGCCCCACGGUGGAUGGAAGAGCAGUGGCUUUGGUCGCUUCGGAGGAGCCGCAGGCUACGAAGAGUUCCUGCAAAGCAAGUCUGUGACUUGGCACGAGUAGAUCCAGACCAUGGAGAUGCCCGGAUUUUGGCCCCCAGAAAGAAUGGAGCUACAAGGACUUCUCACACUAGGGGCGUUGGGCUGAGCCGCAUACACCAAUAGCGGAGCCUCGUCUCGCCUGGCCCCCUGUAGCUAGAGGAGCAGGCGGCAUACUCGGAAGUUACUGUGAAAAUCUCAACGAAUUGAAUGACCCCGUUCUGUGUUAUAUGCCGCAUCUCGUACUCCCGGAGUGAGUCCGUAUCGCAUUUGCCAUGAUGUGAUUUGUAUCCUCGGCGCCUCUUCCUUAGUGUCCAGUGUCUGUCUCUACAGAGGACAGUGAAAG